UAUGCGUCCAUUUUACUGUGACGAAUGAUAAAGUGCAGUUAUAUCAAAUGAUCAUAUAGACUAGUGUGACUAUUCACAAUAAUUGCAAUUCGCCCAGUAGAGAGAAUGCAUGAGCUGUAAAUAAAAACUACAACAACAACGCAGCAACGCGGUCGUGUGGAGUACCACGAAACUACUCCGGGUAAUCAGGAACUGUUGUUACUGUAGUGUGGUUACACGUUAAACCUUAGCGCACAUUUCUGUCUUGAUAUAGAUGAACAACUAAUGUUUACAGUCGUUUAAAGAAUGACGGCUACGGUUACUGGUUCAAAUAAUUUCGUAGAUGAUGCGAGUCAAGUGAAAGAUAUCGUUUCCACCUUCAGGGUACAUUUCUUAGCCAUGUGUCGGUUGAAUACUCUCCCGUGGAGCUUGCUUGAAGCUGAACUCAAGAAUGGGCGAUCAUCAGAUCUUUUCCUCGAUAUUUUGAAUCAGACAUGUCUUCACACAGUUUGUCUCCAACAUCCCCCGUCAGUGAAGUACAGGCGACUCUUUCUUCAAGAACUGAUUAAAAUGCACGAAUCUACCACAGCAGAACCAUCGGAUGAACUUUAUGAAGCCUUGAGUGAAGUUCUGGGCCUCGAAGAGGAGUCCACCUGCCAUAAAAGUUAUUUUCUGCCCUCAGGUGAUACCGUGAGUCUGAAAGAGAGUCAGGCUGUUAUAUCUGAAGGCACUACAGGGCUGGUGACAUGGGAGGCCGCCCUGUAUCUAACCGAGUGGGCUUUAGAGAAUCCACAGAUGUUCGGGAGCAGGACGGUACUUGAGUUGGGCAGUGGAGUUGGACUAACAGGUAUAGCACUGUGUCGCUCCUGUAAACCUAGGAAGUAUGUAUUCAGUGACUGCCACCCAACUGUACUGCAGAAGCUGCGUAUGAAUGUUGAGCUCAACAGCCAGGAUCUGACAGAUGUAUCGCUCUGUGUGGAGGAGUUGGACUGGGAGGGAGUCUCUGAGGACAGUCUAACAGACAUCAACGCCAACACAGUCAUUGCAGCAGAUGUGGUGUAUGACCCUGAGAUUGCAGAUUGUCUGGUGUCACUGUUGGGUAUGAUACUGAAGUCUUCGACUAAGAGUAGUCAACCAGAUGUUUACAUUGCCUCGACAAUCCGCAACCCAGAAACAUACAGUUUCUUCAAGAAGCAACUCGCAAAUGCUGGAGUGAAACAUUCCAUCGUCCCAGGUCCUACAACCCAAAUCUUCCCGUACAACAGGCUCUCCACCAUAGAAUUAAUAAAGUUACAUUUGUAAAAGAGAAA